CUACUUGUUUACUUCGUGUCGAGAGUGGCGUACUGCGCCUGCGCUGUCCCGCUGACCCUUGCCAACUUUGUGGUCUACACCACGUGACCUAAAUCUUAGGGUUUCAAUUACCCUUUCCAAACAAAUGGUUUCACCCACUGCAGCUUUACAACUUUAGGGACGCUACCACUAUCUGGCCUGAAAGGGAGUGUUGUUUUCCGGAUGUGACACCAAGUUGACCCGGAAAAGGAGGAGAUCGGGGCAGUGGAACAUCCUCGGCGGCAAUGGAAGGAUCCAGCUACAGGGUGGUGUUUGAAAAGGGAGGCGUGUACCUGCACACCAGCGCUCGGAAGCACCAGGAUCCGGACUCACUUAUCGCGGGCGUCUUACGAGUGGUGGAGAAGGACAACGAUGUCCUCCUGCACUGGGCUCCGGUGGAGGAAGCUGGCGACCCAACGCAGAUCUUCUUCUCUAAGAAGGACCCAAGUGGAGGUGAGCCCAGCACCUCAGAGGAGGAACCUACCUUUGACCCAGGCUAUGAACCUGACUGGGCUGUCAUUAGCACAGUGCGGCCACGGCCCCACCUGGCAGAGCCCAGGAGAGGUGCAGAGCCCAGUUCCCCCCGGAGCUCCUGGGCCUUCUCUGUGAGCCUAGGGGAGCUCAAGUCCAUCCGCAGAUCCAAGCCAGGCCUCAGCUGGGCCUACCUGGUUCUGGUGACCCAGGCUGGAGGCUCCCUGCCUGCCUUGCACUUCCACAGAGGGGGUACCCGAGCCCUGCUCCGAGUCCUUAGCCGCUACCUGCUGUUGGCCAGCUCUCCACAGGACUCCCGCCUCUACUUGGUCUUCCCCCAGGACCCCUCUGCCCUCUCCGACUCCUUCCACCAUCUGCAACUCUUUGACCAGGACAGCUCCAACGUGGUGUCUCGCUUCCUUCAGGAUCCCUACUCUACCACCUUCAGUAGCUUCUCUCGAGUGACCAACUUCUUCCGGGGAGCCCUGCAGCCGCACCCUGAGGGCGCCUCUUCCCCUGACCUACCCCCGCUGCCAGAUGAUGAGCCAGAGCCUGGCUUUGAGGUCAUCUCUUGCGUGGAACUGGGCCAGCGUCCCACAGUGGAACGUGCUCCUCCAGUCACAGAGGAAGAAUGGAACCGCCACGUGGGUCCUGAGGGUCGCCUGCAAAAUGUCCCUGAGUUGAAAAGUCGGAUCUUCUCAGGGGGUCUCAGCCCUGGCCUUCGGCGGGAGGCUUGGAAGUUCCUUCUGGGGUACCUUAGCUGGGAGAGUUCAGCUGAGGAACACAAAGCCCAUGUGCGGAAGAAAACGGAUGAGUACUUCCGAAUGAAGCUGCAGUGGAAGUCUGUGAGCGCUGAGCAGGAGCGGAGGAAUUCACUGCUUCAUGGCUACCGAAGCCUCAUUGAGAGAGAUGUAAGUCGCACUGACAGGACUAACAAGUUCUAUGAAGGGCCUGAGAACCCAGGGCUGGGCCUGCUCAACGACAUCCUUCUUACCUACUGCAUGUACCACUUCGACUUGGGCUAUGUUCAGGGCAUGAGUGACCUCCUGUCCCCGAUCCUCUUCGUUGUUCAGAAUGAAGUAGAUGCCUUCUGGUGUUUCUGUGGCUUCAUGGAACUUGUGCAUGGGAACUUUGAAGAGAGUCAGGAGACUAUGAAGCGGCAGCUUGGGCAGCUCCUGCUGCUUCUGCGGGUGCUGGAUCAGCCACUCUGUGAUUUCCUGGAUUCUCAGGACUCGGGCUCGCUGUGCUUCUGCUUCCGGUGGCUGCUCAUCUGGUUCAAGAGGGAAUUCCCCUUUCCUGACGUCCUUCGGCUGUGGGAGGUGCUGUGGACUGGGCUUCCUGGCCCCAAUCUGCACCUGCUGGUGGCCUGUGCCAUCUUGGACAUGGAACGGGACACCCUGAUGCUGUCUGGCUUUGGCUCCAACGAGAUCCUUAAGCACAUCAAUGAACUGACCAUGAAGCUGAGCGUGGAGGAUGUGCUGACACGGGCAGAGGCUCUGUACAGGCAGCUGACGGCCUGCCCAGAGCUGCCACACAACGUGCAGGAGAUCCUGGGACUGGCACAGCCAGAAGAGCCGAGUAGCCCAUCUCCUCCGGUAUCCCCAAUGCCCUUGUCACCCACUCGGGCCCCGAUGCCCCCGCUGCCGCCUGAGGAAGUGGCCCCGCAGCCUGACAGCAGUCUGGAGAUUCUGCCUGAGGAUGAAGAUGGCGCUUGACUCCUAGCCCAGUUCCUCAGACCGGGUUCCUGAAGAUUGACAGGUUCUGAGCUCCAUGUCCGAAGCCUAGAGCAGAGGGAGACCCUGAGCCGGCCAAUGAAAUGGAGGAAGGUCCUCCUAGAGGUACGGGAUUCCUCAGUGCCCGCCCACCAGCUGCUGCCAAAUUGAGGCAAUAAACCGUUCUCGUUUGACUGCA